CUUUUCUCUACCUUUCCUAGUAAUUUCACUGAUAGAUCCAUGUGAUUAAUUUGCGUUGUCUCCCAUCUCUCUUUGCCAGUGGUAUGAUAUCGAUGCUCUGGAGCAGACGCCAUUCCCCAUGCACUACCAGAACAGUCUCACAAACUUCCAGAAGCUCCUGCUUCUGCGGUGCUUCCGAGUGGACCGGGUAUAUCGGGCAGUUACAGACUAUGUUACUCUGACAAUGAGUGAGAAGUACGUGCAGCCCCCCGUGAUCAGCUUCGAGGCCAUCUUUGAGCAGAGCAGUCCUUACUCGCCCAUCGUUUUUAUCUUAAGUCCUGGCUCGGAUCCUGCCAGUGACCUCAUGAAGCUGGCCGAGAGGAGCGGCUUUGGUGGGAACAGGCUCAAAUUCCUCGCCAUGGGACAAGGCCAAGAGAAGGUUGCCCUGCAGAUGCUGGAGAACGUGGUGGCUCGUGGCCUGUGGUUAAUGUUGCAGAACUGUCACCUGCUGGUGCGGUGGCUUAUUGACCUGGAGAAGGCCCUGGAGAAAAUCACAAAGCCUCACCCAGACUUCCGCCUCUGGUUGACGACAGACCCCACCAAGGGCUUCCCCAUCGGAAUCCUGCAGAAGUCACUAAAGGUUGUGACAGAACCACCUAAUGGUCUGAAACUGAAUAUGAGAGCUACCUACUUCAAAAUCCCCCCAGAAGCCAUAGAGCAGUGCCCACAUCCUGCCUUUAAAUCAUUAGUCUAUGUCUUGGCAUUUUUCCAUGCUGUGGUUCAGGAGAGAAGGAAGUUUGGCAAGAUUGGCUGGAAUGUGCCAUAUGAUUUCAAUGAAUCUGAUUUCCAG